AUGGAGCUUGCCGGCAACACCCACGCGGAACAAUGCUGUCUGUCCAACUACGCCGCCGUCCACUCAGUCCCCGACGACCGUGUCGCGGAGGUGCUGCCCGUUGAACCCGGCCGCAAGCUCAUCAUGUAUGUGACGAUGGAGCCGUGCGGGAAACGAUUAUCGGGGAACACGCCUUGCGUCGAACGCAUUAUCAACACCCGGCAAGGAGGUCGCAAGGGGAUUCACAAGGUGUACUUUGGCGUCAAGGAGCCCGGGACCUUCGUGGGGCAGUCGGAAGGGUGCCGGAAAUUGACGGCGGCGGGGAUCGAGUGGGGGGUGGUACAGGGAAUGGAGAAGGAGAUCCUGGAAGUGGCUACGGCUGGCCAUGAGAAUAAGGAUGAAGAGGUGAAGUCUGCGUUGGAUCAGGUGGAGACCAACUUGGAUGAUAUUAGCGAGGAUGAGCGGCAGCGACAAGAACAGAUGCCUCGGAAUCCGAAGAAGCGGGUGAUGGAGGCUAAGCCGAUGGCCUGA